AUGUUCCUUUAUCAAAGUGAGUCCGAAGAGGAAGAGUACGUGCCGGCAGUCAUGCGCCGGCCCAAGGUGGCGAACCACACCAUUCACGAGAGCUUCACGGCGGACACUCGUGACCACGAGGAUCACACAUUCUGUGGCGUCAUGUUCGACAUCCAAUGCAAGGGUCAGGAAGACGGUGCCGUACCUGUUGAGUUUAUGCUCAUCACCUGCCUGGCAGUUCGAGGGGACCUUGGACCCAUGACUGUUUGGACUACGCCUGGCUCCUACAAAAAGAAGGAGCAUGCCAAAGAGAAAUGGGAAUGUAUUUACGAAGCUGAGCAUACUCCAUCGCGCCAGAACUACGAACCACUCAACCUCGUGAGCCCCAUCCGCUUGCAGCCAGGAGAGAGUUGCGGCGUCUACGUCCACUCACAGCUUGCGGGCGAUGAUGCGCUAGUGUAUGACAAUCAGAGAGCUUCUGUCACACACGAGGAUGCUAUCUUGAAGGUGCUGCCCGGCCAGGCCCAUCUGUCAAAUCGGCCUUUCGGCAGACAUGGGAUGUGGGGCUUUCCCUGGCGAGAGCGCCGAGAAUUUGUAGGCCGGGUGUCCUACGGCGUGAACUACAUUCUAUGGAAUCCUGUGGCGGAUGUUCACCAUCGCUUUCCGCCUGCCUUCAAGGAGGCCGCCUGGCUCCUGCUGCUUUGUGCGAGGAAGCCUGAAUCGCCACUUUAUUGGCUACACGACGAAGUGCUCUACUAUAUUCUGAACAUGUGCAAGUACGACUGGUUCUCCAAUCAAGCCCGACUAUGUACGACUUCCAGGCACGAGAGGCCUCUGCGGAAGUGGCCGUGGCCUCACUAG